GCUUCUCACCACCACCACCAUACGACUGAGCCCACACCAUGACUGAUACCAAGAAGAUUAAAACCGUUCGAAAGUUCCACGACCUCCUGAACGAAGGAAAGCUUGAUGAGGCUCAUGAGCUCUUGGCCGAAGACUUGUCUGCGCACACCACUGCGCAUAUCGCCGCAGGGGCACCCCCGAUGAGUAAGGCAGAGGUUCUUGAAUCUCAUCAAGGCAUUCAUCAAGAGCUGGAAGCUAAGACAACCAUCACCGACGCCAAGGAGGUCGAUGGAAAUGUUAUCGUAGUGGGAAAGUCCACUUUCAAUCACGACACUAUCAAGGAGGUUCCGUUCAAGGCAACUUAUGAAUUCAUCGGGAAUCAGAUUGGCAAAGUCCAUUUCGAGACGGAUCCUAACCACAAAGUUAAAUCCUUCAGCCUCUAGGAGCUCUGCGGGAUCUUUGAAUUGAAUCUGUGGGACCGUGGAUGAAUUUCCCGGUGGUCAGGAAUACAUAUGUAGUCUAUCCGUUGUUUUGAAGAGCACGUAUUUGUUGUUUGUAUGAUAUGGAUGCAAGAAAAGUUGAAGUUGUGUAUUCAAAUAACAUUGACUCGUGAAAAAAA